AUGUUCGAUGAGAUGAACGCGAAAAACAAAACCGUUGGCCUUUUAUUCGUGAAUAAGACGGUGUCCUCCAAAUCUCUGUCUAAUAGUAAAGCUGACUCCCAGAACCUCCGAGAAAUCAACCAGCAUGUCCAGAAAUCCCGCGACCUGGGCAAGGAGAGACAGAACAGGAGGCUGGUCAAGAGAUCUGGCACUCUUCCUCUAGGCUGGACUUCACUUGCACCAUGCUCGCAUUCGCAUUCGCAUUCGCACUUAACUUUGCCUUUAGCCACCAUCGAUCCAGACUUGCAGGCCACUGACAAGGCUCAAUCUCGCUCGGCCGUCGAACAGGAGGCUCUUAAAGGACCCAUACCUGAUAGAAAUGCCGCAAAAAGUACCAGAACGCACAGCCAUGGCCAUGACCCGUCCAGCCGAUUGCUACAGGUCCUCAGGCCGAGUCGAUCAUCGGUUGAACCUUUUGGCCAAUUCAGAGUGUCCAUUGAUGCAGAGAAACAUCGAAUUCUGCAGUACUUCGUCUUCAAGUUCUUCCCUGCCGUCACGAGGCUGGACAUCGUCUCGUUCAUUGGAUUCAACCAGAAGAGCCCCACCAGCCCAGCCAUUCAAAUCCUCCGUAAUUCAUUGUCGGAGGAGCUGCACUUUCUGGCUCUGCUGACAGCCGCCAGCGCUCGCAUGAAGUAUGUGGAGCAAUACCACUUUGCGCGGGCCGAUCUUCCAGAACAGUUGGCAGAUGUGACGCUGAGACUGCUUAGGCGGUACCUGGCGCAGAGCAAGCCGGUAACGCAGGAGUUGCUCCAAAGUAUCCUGUAUUUGUGGGCGGUGGAGAGCUACCGCAGGAACUGGGAUGCGGUUUUGAUGCAUGGAAGGAUGAUUAUGCAUUUGUGCAAUACCCAUUUUGGCGGGUUCCAGAACCUGAACCCUUACUUGCGGCGUAUGCUUUGGGUUGCCGAUCGGUUCCAAGCUGCUGCUACGGCCAGGCCGCCGCUCGUGGAGGAGAGAUGGGAGACCGAAGAGUUGACUUUUGAGCAAUCCGCCAGUGCCAUGCGUUCCCUGAGAGAAGAUGGACGGGAACCUAAUGGACGAGGCUUUUCACAAGCCAGUGUGCAUUUCAGUCCAAAGUUUGGCACCGUUGUCGCCGCGGUCGUCAACCUUGCUCAUGUGAUACAAUGUCACUGGGCGGGCUUAUGUGGCAUGUCUCGUCUUCCUGACCGGGACUGGGCGGUCGCUCGCAGCUAUACGCUCUCUGACGAGCUGCUCAGCUUCAAGGACGAGGUUGGGACUACAGCCCAUAACCACCGAGACUCAAGAAUCCAGGAUUGUGUUCGACUGGCACUUAUCGUGUGGCUCGCAUUCGUUCCUGCGAGUGCUCCGUACUCACCAGCUGAUCACGAUACAGGCGUCCUGACCAUCCGAGCAGCCAUCGACGCAAGACCAUUAAGGAAUCGCCUGGCUAGCUUGACCGCCCAUUUUGAAAGCUCUACGCCAAGUCCAGAGAAGGAGCUCUUGCUCUUCUGGGUGGCAGGCCUUGGAACAGUGGCAAGCGAGCUGGUCGAAAAUCAAGAAUGGUUCGCCUUUCAGUUCCAGCGGUAUGCAAGAAAGUUGACCGUGUACUCGUGGGACGACUUUGGUGAGAUCAACGAUGCAUACUUACUUCUGGAUCGACUUCAGCAAUCCAAUCAUACGAAGUUGAGCUGGCUGCUACAGAGAGCCAUCUAUGCUGAAAGCUCCGAAGAAGACACUCCUGAGUGA